AUGAAACGUCGUUCGGAUGUAUCUGAGGCUGCAGCAUCAAAGAAAACUCGAAAAGAUAGCUCUGUAACACAGAAAAGCUUUGCAGUCCAACCUGUGGAAGCUUUUCGAGGAAGACUUCCUUUUUAUCGACAACCAAUCGAAGUGGGGCAUUUCUCUUUAGACGAUCAUAGAAGGUUUCACGAUGAUAAGAGACAAUUGAAGUAUUUUAGUCCUCCGCGUGAUAUAAACUUCGACCUCAGGGCUGGGUAUGAAGACUUUGUGAAACGGAACGAAGAUGUAAAAGAAGGGUUGGAAAACUUGUUGCAGUGGGUACAAUGUCACCACGAGAAGUUUGAAAUCGUUCAAAGUCCCACGAGCGAGACUCCUCCAGAAGGUAAAACUCAACUCUCCAGGUGAGAUUAUUUAUAUUUUAACAAACAAGUGUCUUCCUAGGAAAUCUGCAGAGAAGACGUUUUUCUUUCCCAUCUGAACCUCCAAGUAGGCUAAGAUUCCUACACAGCCUUGUGCUAUUGUAAACCGAAUAGGUAUUCCUAGAGGUAACCUAUUGUUUUCGCCAUCUGUCUAAGAACUUUAUGUGUAAUGAAAUUUGGAGAUAUGCGGAAAUCGCACCACUCCAAGUAGCCAGGUACGACAGUUUUUUUUUUUUUUUUUUUUUUUUUGCAAGGGGUCUACUCUUUUUCCAUAAGAGGAUUUUAUUUUCUUACUGGUGCCAAAAGAAAACUGACCUUUAGGAUUCCUCAGGGGGGUGGGUGUAGAUAAAAAGCUGAGUAUUUAAUGUCACCAAGAAGCCAAACUUUACUACUGACUUGGCUUUGGGUGUUAAUUUACCAAAUAUUGUAAUUACAAAGAAUUUAUCAAAAGCAAAUUGACCUAGCUUGCUUCAUUAACCCUCAAAUUAUAUAAUAAAUUAUCAUAGUGUAAGGCAAUUUUUUUCUGAUCACUGGAUGAUUUGUGAAUCAAAUUUCUUUUGGAACACAACAAUUUUGCAUUUUCAGACCUCAGACUUUCAUUCAAGGAACUUGUUUUGGUCGUGAUUCAAAAUAUAUUUUUUCCAGUGAAAAGUUUGGUAUCUAGGGCAUCAGAUCAAAACACAUCUUCCUAUUUUUUCAGCUUACACACAGAUUUCAUAACAUGGAGGGGGCUCUUGACAAAGAUAAUGUGCACACCCUAUGAAACAAGAGAAUCUUGGCAAAUGGCAGCUGUGCUACACAAUGGAACAAUCUACAUUAUGGAGAUAGAAACUGAGGAAAACAGGGACAAGCGGGAGAACAUGGAAGAAAGACACAAAGAGAUGUGCUACUGGGGUCAUAACUUUGAAAGCUAUGUUACAUCCCUGGUAGACAAAAGUCAUCAUAAUAAAAAUGAGGAAAAAGCCAAGGAAAGCCAUGCUAUUAAUGAUAGUGAGGAAUUUGUCACUGUAAUCAGGGCUAGGCUUAAUAAACACUCAUUGGUUUUUGGUGCUGAAGUGGACUGCUGCACCAAGGUAUAUUUUGUUUUAGUGCAGGGUUUUUGUGAAAAUGUUAGUACUAAAUGCAUGAUCUGAACUCAGUGUGCUUUCUCAGUAAGCAUGUUUGUAACACACCCUCCUGGAGGGGUUGGGGAGGCUUACUCUGCUGGAAAAAAUUGAAACCCUCUAAAACAUGAAUUGCAGCAUUCUGGGGCAUAUUUGAGUACUGGUAAUUCUGUUUAGCCAGACUUUUAUGUUGAAAUCAGUUCAAAAAUACUUAUUUUCUGUCUUUGCUCACAAUUCACCAAGUAGCUCAGGGACCAAAUGGUCUGACAGCCAGCAGGUUUCCACUGCCUGCCUACUGGAUUCUAAUAACAACCCUGUCGAUGAUAUCUUAGUUGUGUAACAUACAACCAAGUAAAGAAAUAGAGAAAGAUGUUUUUACUGUCUUUUUACAAGCAUGGGACGAAGAAAAAAAUCUGAGUACCCAUGAGGAGCCGAACCUCAGACUUUCAGAUUCUGUAAAGAAAUGAUCUUUGCAUGUAAGCUCCAAUUUGAAAAAUUACAGAUAGGAAGCCUGAAAAAAAAUUAAGGUUUUGACAGAAAGGGAAUCUGUGCCUCCCAGAUACCAGUUGGGUGCCAUUACUAACUUAACUAUGAAGCCACAUGUUGGGAGGGAGGCAAAUUUUAGUGGGUUCUUCAUUCUUGCAAAGGAAUCUGAUCAACCCUUUACACCCUAACAUAGCUAUUCAUAUUCUCCAUACUUUUCUCUACACAUUUCCCAAGGUGCUGACAAGGAGAAUUUGUUUAACAAUCGAGAGCUUCUUUAGUUGGUGAUCAUUUCCUUUAUUCCUCGGGGAUGAUAUUGUAAGGAGAAAUUAGCUACUUAUCAUUCUUAGGGGUUAAAGGGUUAAUAAUUACAUCACAGCUUAAAAUUUAAAUUCCAUGUUUUCUUGUAGGAUAAUGAAGAAGCCCCAGCAAAUUAUAUUGAAUUGAAAACCUCCUUGAAACCUCACAACCACCACCACCACUACACCUUCAAACGCUUCAAACUGCUCAAGUGGUGGGCGCAGUCUUAUUUGGCUGGUGUGCCAAAAAUCAUUUGUGGCUACAGGGAUCACAGUGGCCAUGUGAAAGAAUUGCAAACAUACAACACUCUGGCCAUACCUAGACUUGCACGAGACGAGGAGGAUCUCUGGGAUUCUUCCAUUUGUUUGAACUUUCUGGACAGAUUUCUUGACUGGGUGAAGACAGUGGUUAUAAAAAAGUGGACCAAGGGUGAUGUACAUGUUCUCCUGGAGAGAGCCAUUUGA